AUGGCCGAGUCACUGUCCCCCAUUGGCAUUGCCAACUUGCCCAACCAGAGGCACAAGAUUGUCGCGAAACGCGGAGCUGCCUUCACCAUCAUGGUCGCUGGCGAGUCUGGCCUCGGAAAAACGACGUUCAUCAACACGCUCUUCUCCACCACGAUCAAGAACUAUGCCGACCACAAGCGACGACACCACAAGCAGAUGGACAAGACAGUUGAGAUUGAGAUCACAAAGGCAGAGCUUGAGGAGAAGUUCUUCAAGGUCCGUCUGACCGUCAUCGACACACCUGGCUUCGGCGACUACGUGAACAACCGUGAUUCUUGGCAGCCUAUCAUUGAAUUCCUCGACGACCAGCACGAGUCGUACAUGCUGCAGGAGCAGCAGCCGCGCCGCUCUGAUAAGAUCGACCUCCGUGUCCACGCUUGCCUGUACUUCAUCCGCCCCACCGGCCACACCCUUAAGCCUCUCGACAUUGAGGUCAUGAAGAAGCUGUGCACGCGUGUCAACCUGAUUCCCGUUGUCGCAAAGGCCGACACAUUGAGUCCCACAGACUUGAUGAGGUUCAAGGCGAGGGUUCGCCAAGUCAUUGAUGCUCAGGGCAUCAAAAUCUACACACCACCGCUUGAGGACGAUGACGCGGCCGCCAUGCAACACGCUCGUGGUCUCAUUGACGCCAUGCCCUUCUCAGUCAUUGGCUCCGAAAAGGAUGUCCAGACUAACGAUGGCCGCACUGUCAAGGGCCGUCAAUACGCCUGGGGCGUUGCUGAGGUGGAGAAUGAGGAACACUGCGACUUCAAGAAGCUCCGCGCCAUUCUCAUUCGCACCCACAUGCUCGACUUGAUCCACACCACGGAGGAAACUCAUUACGAGGCCUACCGCGCCGGACAAAUGGAGACCAGGAAGUUUGGCGAAGCACGCCCGAGGAAGCUGGAUAAUCCCAAAUUCAAAGAAGAAGAAGAGGCGCUCAGGAAGCGCUUUACCGAGCAGGUCAAGGUGGAAGAGCAGCGAUUCAGGCAGUGGGAACAGAAGCUCAUUGCUGAGCGUGAUCGUCUCAACAAAGAUCUCGAGGCUAGCCACGCCGAGAUUAAGCGUCUAGAGACCGAGGUGGACUCCCUCCAGGGCAGCAUCAAUCGCUCACACGGCCGUCGCUAG